AUGGAAAUGUCCGAACUCCAUGAAGAUAAUGUGGUUAAUCGUGAAGACACCAAUGGCCCUGCCGCUAAAAGACGAGCUAUUUCCCCUUUGAGACCCGACAAAACUUCCAAUGAAGUAUGCUGUGUAUAUGACAGUAAAGAAAGGCAAACCGGCGACGAACUCGAUUCGCGUAAAAAACAACUUCUGUCAGACUUUAUGGCUAUAUCAAACACCGAAAGGGAUGUGGCGUUAUCAGUUCUUGAAAGCUCCGAAUGGAAUGUCAAUAAAGCGCUAGACUUUUUCUUUGGGAACGAAUCGGAAGAUGGAAUUGAGGUGGUUGAACAAACCGAAACGCAAUCGAGCGUUGAAAGUGCACCAGUUGACCUUUCUGGUUUGGAAAUAUCGUUAGUAUCAUGGAACAUCGAUGGGCUUGAUGGAAAUAGUCUUGCGACUCGCAUGAAAGCCGUUUACAAGAUUUUGAACAACUUGAAUCCUGACUUUGUGUUCCUUCAAGAAGUCGUCAGCAGAGAACUACCCACAAUUGAUCGACUGUCAAAAAUGUAUAACAUUUUUUACUCGAAUAAAGAUUACCUCUACUACACGGCAAUACUUGUGAGCAAGGUCUUCGAGGUUAAACGGCAUGAAGUAAUCCAUUAUCAGAAUUCUGGAAUGGGGCGUACGCUGCAGAUUUUGGAGGGCAAAAUUGGUACGCAGAGGGUAUUCCUAUUAAAUACACAUCUAGAAAGCAUGCGAGAGCAUAGCAAAGCGAGGAGGGAACAAUUUCAAAUUUGUAUGAGUAAAGUUCAAGAAUUGAUCUCCCAACAUCCCAACUGUCUUCUAUUCUUUGGAGGUGAUUUGAAUAUCAGAGACGACGAGGUUACCAACGUGCCCCGUGGAGUUGCUGAUGCUUGGUUAGCGGCUGGUGCGAAGAAAGAUACAGAGUUCACAUGGGAUACACGAAAAAACGACAACAAACAUAGUUUCGGCGCCAGGAAUAGGUUUGACCGCAUAUUCUGGUAUGGUCCGCUGUCCAAAGUUAAGUUUACUCUUGCGGGUCAACAGAGGAUCAGAAGCUGUCUAUGCUUCCCCUCUGAUCACUGGGCUGUGCACUGUGAAUUUUCGUAG